CUCAAACAUCCAGAGUUAACAUCAUGAAGUGGUUGGUUCUCCAGCUGCUGACACUCUACUGCCUGGUGAUCACACCAGUGACAGGAAGUAUGAGAGAAAAAAGGACUGUAAUUAAGCCUCAAGAGUACAUUAUAGUGGAGCCGAAACUGAGAACAUGCGUAAGGAAACCCACCCCCUUUGAAUGCUACAGAAUCUGCAGAACUUCCUGGGAUUGCCCUCAUGGCUAUGAAUGCUGCUUUUCCUCCUGUGGAAAUAUCUGCUUGCAUAUCAGAGUAGUCGAGGGUGAAUACGAGAACACUUCACCUCCCACCAUGGCAGAAACUACUUCAUAUACCACGUCCACCACUGAAAGUUGGGAGAGCAAUUCUUCAUAAUGUCCAGUUGUACCAUCAUCUUGUCCCUGCUGAGAGGCAAGGAGAGGGAGGUGGUGGGUUCCCAUGGCAAUGUUUCUCCUAUUUGCCAACCCUCUUCCCUGAACCAUUAUAUUAUCAACCACAU